AAAAUAUUUUUAAAAUAUUUUCAAUUUCUCGUUAUGGAAUUAUGAGGAUUAAAUUUUAAAACCUCAAAGAAUAUUCCUUGUUCUCACCAAAAUCCAAAUAUAUGCAUUAGGCCGUGUUUGGUCUUCGUCUUAAAAAUUAAAAUCCACCACAGCAAAUUCAUCUGGUCGCCGUUCAUUCAUCCAUAUCUGUGAAUCUAGCCUUCAAGAACUCAAACCCUUGAAAUCAAAUCAGAUCUUUAGCAGAGUAAUCACCAGCAACCAUGGCUAAUUUUGACAUUUUGCGGUCGGAGCAAGAUCUUCUUAUGUAUUCGUCCCUUUUUGGCAAUCCCAAAGCUGAAUCUAAUGUUCUGAACUUUGCCGUUCAGGUUAGCAACAGAAGGUCCCGCCGAUGGCUAAAUGAUCGGUUGUUGAUGGAGCUUGUUCCUCGCUUGAAUGCUGAUGAAAUCAGGGGACUGUUUGCUCCACCACCUUGGGGUGAUGAUGUGCCUCCUUCAGCAUUUAGCAAGACAAAUGUGAGGGAGUGGGAUAGUUUCAGAAACAUAGACAUGGAUAAGGAGGCCUCUAUCAUGGAGUCCCUUGACAGCUCAUCUUCAAAGAGGAAAGGCCAUGUGGAUUCUGAAAAACUCGCAGUGCUGAAAGCUUGGCACCGCGUAGAUGGUCGAACCAGAGAAGCACUUCGCCGUUGUUAUCUUUCAGACUUGCUGAAUGGAUAUGAGGAAUGUGUGCGCUCGUUUGUUGAGGAUGGUGGGCGCAGAGAUGUGCUGGUGCUGCAUGUUCAAGAUCCUUUCCACCGUUUGAUUCUACAUGGUGUUUGUGAGUUUUACAAUCUUGUGUCGGCCACAGCCGACCAAUCAGAAGGCUACGAAUCUUUUAAGGUGACAAGGAUAAAGAAGAAACAGUCAGCAUGUGAUGAUAUCCCCAGCAUCACUCUAUGCAAAUUUCUGAAAAUGGCAAAAGAAGGGUUCUGGUGAUGAAUUUAGCCAUGUUAACGGGCAAAUGUACUAUAAAACCAAGCUGGGUUUCUUUUCCCCGGUAAAGUUAUUGCACAUAUGAAUCUAAUAGACUCAUUGCAAUAAGUCGUGCCUUCUUCUCGAAAGCUAUGAUGGGUUUGUCUUGUAGAAAUGUCUCAUUUCUUCACAGCCAAAUUUUUAAUCGGCUUUGGUGGUUUGACUUUGGGCAUGUAGGAUAAAUGUAGAUUUCCAUGUUGUCUAUGGUGAAUGUUAGGUGAUUCAUUUGUGGAAUUUACCGGAAAUGUUCUUCUUUUCAAGACAAACUUGCAUAGCCAGCAAGUUUUGUGUUUUCAACUUCGAAAUCGAACUUACAUUUUAACUUAUAGGUGUGUACUUACAUUGUGAAUAACGUACCCUAGUGAAAAUAUGCACCUCUAGCUGAUAGUGAGUAUUCUUUUUCUUCCUCUCUUCAACCAAAAAGCUCAAUCGGCGUUCAAGUCGGAAAGUAAACCGGUUAGUUUCUUGGAAAGAAGCGUGUAGGUUGAUUCACCUGGAUGAAUGCUAUCCCAAAACACAUAUCGUGAAGCUUCUGCACAAACCGGAGUUAGUCGGGUGCAAAGGGGUCCGACUUCAAGCAACCCGGUACCACACACCCUCUUCUAGUUUCCAAAAAUCCUGCAAAGGUGGCUGCGCGCCCUCAGAAUCGGGAACUUGGCCGUCAUCUGUAUCAGCAAGCACCCGAUCGGCGGCAGGCCAGACACCACCAUUUUUCGGCACCCGAGACUAUACAGCUCUUGUCCACCGAGAACUGAACCCUCCUCGGCGGAAAGUCGUAGAAAUUAAAUAUAAGAUCGUUUGUCCCGACACUCAUGACGACCAGAGCCCCUUCAAGAACCUUCCAGGCCUCCCGCUUUCCGAUAAUGCCCUCAAGCCUAACGGCGUAUUCUCGAAAAUACUCUGGCUGUCUCGAAACGGGUAUGACCCCGGAAAUAGUGGUCGUGAGGUCGUCGAGCCCCGACCCGGCCGAUGCGAAGACCUGUCGUGAUUUCAUAGUCCGAGAGAUUUGGGGUGAGGAAAGGGGGAACGGUCUCUUUGAGGGAGGCGAGGAUGUCCGGGACGAGCCUGCCGUUGGAGAAUCGGCCAGUCGGGACCCGGCCCGUGAAGUCUCAACCGUAGGGCGGGUGGUCGCCUCGAAAUGGGGUGGCUAUGUAGUUGUUGUGGACCGACGAGUCGCCGAACGCGAGGACGGCCUAGAAGCCGGAGGAGGUUUUCCGGCGGCCGGGUGUGCUUCCGGGGACACGGCGCGGAGGGGUAAUAAGAUCGAAAACAUGUUUGUUUGUGAGCUAUUAUUUGCUUUUUUUUUUCUUUACUUUGAUUGGGGACUUGAAGCUGUGUUUGUUUUUGUUGUGCUCUAAAUGAAGGUGUGAAUUAGUGAAUAAAGGGUGGGCUGUGAAGGUUGUCCUGUUGCUAGAUUUUCUUGAGGACUGACACAUGGUCAGGAUUCGAACAACCAUUUUCUUUUACCUUGGAUUUUGAGGUUCUUAUAAAUGAUUUUAACUGUGG